CUUAACAUUUCAAUGAACACAUUUUUAACGUUGUUAAUUUAAAAUUACAAGAGUUUGCUCUUAAAUGUGAACGGGACCGCGCAUUUGUUCGUUCAAGAUCGUUACUUUGCUUAAUCGCGAUUCUUAUAAUUAUGAUUUCGGUGUUAAUAAGGGAAUAAUAUGAUGUUAAGAAUAACUAUAACCAGACAGAAAGGCGAUUUUUUAAGGAUAAACACGGAUGUAUAAAUUUCAGCGACUUUUGUGAUUGUUUUUUCUACACUUACUGCCUAUCGGUAAUUCGUUAAUGUUAUACGUAUAUGCCUAUACCACACCAUAGUGUUCGUUAUUGGGGGUAUUUUUGCUGCAAAAAUAAAAUCCAAAUACUUAAAAUCCUGAUCAAUAAUUGAUCAGGUGCUUGGAACUCUUCGUCCUCUUUCCAUUUCACGUUCGGAAACGGUUUCAAGGAAUAUUUAGUUUGCCUGGUUAAUCAACUGUUUGCACGUGGAUUUUGCCUUAUCAGCCCACCACUCAUAAUCAGAAGUAUAUAUUAGAUGACCGGAGGGGCCAGCUUAUUAUUCCUUCCCAAAGAGCACAAGGUAACUUUGCGUUCGUAUGGUCUUGGAAAAUGGAAACUAUAAGCGUAUAUUUUGUUGCUGCAACUGUAUUGCACUGCUUGGUACAUGGUGUGCGUCCUCCAUGUACAGGUAACAAAGGGUUUUGUCAGCAAUUUAUUCAGCCAUCGGUGCUCUCAACAACCGGUACCACAAUUAGAGCGUUAACUACAAAACCCGGUACUACAACUAGAACUUCAACUACUACCACCGCCUCUAAGAGUUAUUCAUCACCUGCAACACUAUCUACAACCACGGUUUCUACCCAAACACUAUCUACAAGCACUGUUUCUCCCCCAACAAUUCCAACGACAACGACACAUUCUGCGGCUACAGCAUUCUCCGCCGCGACUUCAUUAACCUCAUCAAGACCGGCGGCCACAACUAAACAUACGCCUUCAACUCUUGUUGCGACAACUGGCUCCAGUUCCGCAACCUCAGUGGUUCCUACCUUUACAGCAUCAGUCAGUAUUCCUUCAGCUAAAAGUUCAGGUAUCGCCACCACGAACCCUUUGCCAAAUACAACCCAAUGGGUAUCGAUCGGAUUGAACGAGUACUUCGUGAUCACAAGGAAACAACCGCACGAAGACGCGGCGAAGUGCUGUCGCAACGAAUUCAAUGCCAGUCUCGUCUCUUUCGCAAGCAUCAGCAAGUAUUUCGAAAUCGUCAAGCCCUUAUCACUUUCUAGCGACAGCUUUUGGACUGACGGUACUGGUACAUACAGUUCGGGCGACCCAUGCUUGGCUCUCAACGCAAAAGAGCUCUCUCUGCGAACGAUUGAUUGCGAACUAAAACACAAAAGUAUUUGCACACGAUUCCGAUUUGCCAGCAACCCCGCAGAGGUUUUGGCGUAUGCACCGUUCGUGGAAAUGAUCAAAGAGAUGACCGUCAAGAGAAAUGAAACCAAGAUAAGUGAACGUAAAUACAGGAGCGCCGAGGACAGACGGACGGUGGCCAAGGCCAGUGGAGGCGUGGCUCUCAGCCUGUUGUUAGGGGGCUUUGUCCUGGUAUUCGUCAAUGACAUUGUUAGCAUGCUGUCUCGAUUGAUAAGAAACAGAAGUGCGUAGGUCUUGGGCUUUUAUACAGUAUACAUGCUGGGACAUUGCCAUGAAAAUCUUUUCCACUCUAACGCUUCUCUGAUAUGCGCUGAGUGGAUAUGAUGACAUCGAGUAAUAGGCCACGUUUAGAUGACCGUUCGAAAACAAAUCAAAUAGCCUCAUUGAAAAGCCAUAGUACACUUUUUUGGUUUAUGCGGUAAUGAUUAGAUCCAAACGCCUUUGCAUGGCGAGCUAUUCGAUUAUUUGAGUCGUGUUCUGAGAAAACUGGGCAUAAUGUGCUUAAAGUGUCGUCCCAGAUUAGCCUGUGCAGUCCGCACAGGCUAAUCAGGGACGACACUUUCCUCUUUUAUAACAUCUUUUUGUUUAAAUAAAGUAUCUUCUUAGCAAAAAUCCAAUUUUGGCGGAAAGUGUCGUCCCUGAUUUGCCUAUGUUUCAAUAUGUAUACUUAUGUUUUGUUACUGAAGACCACAUUGUAAAAAAGAAAUUAUUUCUUAAUGUGAAUUCUUCAUGACAUAAAGUUAUUAUUAUUAUUAUUAUUAUAUAUUCAAAUAUGAUAUAAUUGCUUAUGUGUUUCAUUGUUUACGUAGUGUACCUAGUGUAAUAAGUCAAGAUGUUCUUUCAGCAAAACAUUGGUGUUCAAAGAACUGGACAUCGAAUAUUAAUCGAACACUUUUUUAUAAAUAUCGUUAUAAAUGAAUGCAAUUGAAAAUAUAUGAAUAAUGUUAAUCUAGUAUUUAACUAUCACUGUAAUAUGACGACACGCAAGCCUUUAUGAUUGAAUUACGACGUUUGUCAGGACCUUGGUGUCUCGCAUCUUCCAAAUGACUAAUAAUAUGCGACUCGUGCUUCAAUAAGUGUCUUUUUAGAUGACUGUUUUUAUUUGUUAUUUCACUGUUUGUUAAAGCCUAAAAACUUAAUGCUGCUUGUUGAAACGUGUUAUGAUUUUUUUAGCAGAAAGAUGAUAUAAUUUUUUAAAAGAUGAUAUCAUUUUUGGAAAGAUGAUAUGCUUCUUUGA